AUGCACACCGGUUUCAACGGACAUUCCCCUUGCACGAACACCGAUACAAAUAUCGAAACACCACAAUUGGAUCUUGACCCCCCUGUCCAAUCUGCCCCCUCUCGUCGUGGUAAUAUCUCGAAUAUCCCCCGAAAUCUAUCGCAAGGUCCUAUCUCUUACCAGCCGGUCUGCAAGCGAGGUCGUGAUGAAGUCGUAGAAACUCAAAGUGGCAGGAAUGAGGAUAUCAGGAGCACACCUCAGUUCGAGAGUGUUUCCUACGUUCCCCGCUGUAUUACGACAAGCAGCAAGGUACCUUCAGCAACAACAUCACAUUUCGGCAAAGAACUCAGUAAUCAAAUACCGAACACGGUUAAACCUGGAUCCAAGGGCACCUCCCCACACGAUCCAUCCGCUCUCAGAUUCAACAAUUGCAAUUUCAUUAGUGCCGGCAGAGAUGUGUUCAAUACCACCAAUCACAACGUCUAUUAUAAUAUCACUCUAUACUUUCCUUGGCUCUUUUCAUACCAUCCUCCCUCUCCCCUUCAACAUAGUCUUUACUGA